AUCUUAAAUUUACAACCGUAUAUAAAGCGCAUCAAGCGGUACUGAGCUUAUUACAACUGUGAAAAUGGGUCGGCUAGGUAUGUUGUUUGCACUGUUUUCAAUGACAUUGAUUUUGUCAGAAUUUGCGCUAGCAGCUCCAAGCGAGGAUGUACAGAGGACAAAACGAAGCCCACAAAUGCCAGAAAUGCCGCAACCUCCAGCCCCACCUGGUGGAUUUCCCAGUCCACCUAUGCCGUUCAAAAGGAUUGCAAGACAGAUAUCGGAAGAUGUUCCUGAAGGACCUCCUGGCGAUUUACCACCAAUGAGUGUCCAAUCGGCUUCUUGGAUGCAUCCACACACCAGAAUCCAGCGCGAUGUCCAUCAAAGUGAGGCGAUGAAAAGCAGUCGAAGUGGUCAGAGGAAAAAAAUGCUGAACUCCCGGAUUAAGCGGGAAGCCCGCGGAACUGGUGGAAAACUCUCAACUCGAGGUGGUUAAAAUGUUAGUUUGAAUAUCCCAUUUAUCUUUUUAGUGUGUUUUCUUGAUUCAAGUGUACUAUGACAAAUCUAUCGAAAUAAAGCUAGCAAUCAA